UUCCCCUCCCUACCCAUCACUUCCCUCGCCGCUGCGCAAUUUUCCUACCAUCUCCUCUUCCCCCCUCCCCCCCACCCCCCCGGCGGAGUCGAAUGGCUACAGCGGUGCUCCGAUCCCACGAUUGUCUGAAAGACCGCCUCCAUCUCGAAGCCUUCGGAUCCCGUUCUCCGCCGCCGAUGAAACCCCCGCGCAAGAAACCCCCACGCUCGUCACCCUCCACCUCUCCUGCACCUCAGGCUCCGAAAGCUGGCCGGAACCACCAUUCGCGGCCGUCCCGGUUGUCCCCGCUUCCUCAGUCAACGAAGCCCACAAGACCUAACCCUCCGCGGUCCGGCCGGAAAACAGGGUCUCCGGGCAAGGAGAACACCGGGGAUUCCGAGAUCCGGUCGCGCAGGCCUCUCGUCAUGGAGGAGGUCACGAUCCUGAAGCGCGGGGAGGAGUUGAAGGCUUUCGGACCUCCGGCCGUGGAUCGGCGGUUGGGCGGCGAGGAAUCGGUUCUCUGCUCCACGAACCGUCUGGGCCCCGACCCGGAGAUCCUCCCGAAGAAGAUGGGCUUCGCCGAUCUGGGGUCGGUAUACGCCGGGCCAGCCUUCAUCGCUUCCCCCGCCCCAAGCUCUCUCCCGUUUCCAGCUUUUUUCCUGAAAAAGACCGGCGACGAGGCGAUCAAGAGUGAUGAGGCCACGAGGAGCCUCCGGUGUUUGCUUCGGCUCGACGAUCUCCCAUGAUGGUGAGUUGAUCGGCUCUUUUUUUUCGAUAUGCUCCACUGGAUCGAUGGUUUACGGUGAUGUGGGAUGGAAACGUGGGAUUUGGUCGGUCACGAAAUGGGGGGCUAUUUGAAGGGGAAAAAAAGUAUUUUGGCAGUGAUGCAUGGUUGAAGGUAGGACACAAAGGCUUCGUGGAGAGAUUGACGGUAGGGUUUUCUCCUCUUCAAAGAUCUUCCUCUAUUUUUUUCAGGAAGGUGUGGAAUUGGAGAAUUAGAGAUCAUGCUGGUAUUUGAUAGAAGCUAUUUGGUGUUUUUCAUGAUUCUAGGCAUUUGGGUUGUACUAGGUGUGAGGUAUGGUACUCUUGUAAUUUUAGAUGAUGGUAAUAAGUGAUAUUCGUAUUUCUGAUGAUAGAAAGUGUUAUUGGGUCGUUUUGAAAUAGAAUUUGAUAGAUUUGGUCACUUGUGUAUUCUUGAUCUCUUUUUUUUCUUAAGGAUGGUUAGUAGUGUUUUGAUGUGUUUAGGUGUUACUGGGUUAGUUCUUACUUCUGAUGAUAGAAAGUGUUAUGAGGUCGUUUUGAAAUAGGAUUUGGUAGAUUUGGUCACUAUUGUAUUCUUGAAUUCUUUUUUUUUUCUUUUUUGUUUGUUUUUUUUUGCUUGCUAAUUUUACUGUGAAAAUUGGUUGUGUUGGAUUUAUAUUGGAAUUUGCUAAUGAUGUUCAAGUGAUAUAAGAAUUGGUGUAUGUGGAUGGCAUAUUGGUUUGUUGAUUUAUAAAAGAGUUGUGAUCGUAAGCAUGAGUAUUUUUUUAGAAAUCAAUCAACCUGCGUUAAACCCUGCAGAUUAGAGCUGUUGAUUAGGACUCGACCCUUACCUGAAACCUGCCCCAGCCUGACUUGAUCCGACCUAAGAAUCCGACGCGAGCGAGACCGGUUGCUCCUCCUCUUUCCUUUCCCAUUAUUUUGAUUAGAAGCAACGCUCUAUUCCGGUCGUCCUCCCAUUGCCGCCUCUCUCUUCUUUGCCGCCAUCCUUUUCCUCUUCACCACCACCACCACCGCCAGUAUUUCAAAAAUUAACACUAAAUAAAUAUUAACUUUUUGUUUUUCGAGAUAAACACACAAAAAUCUUUCAGGAUAAAUACCUAUAGCGGUAAGUACAAAUACUGUGGAAAUAAAGAGAAAUAGAGGAUCUUAUAAUAAAUCUAAUAGAGUGGAUGUCCCAAUUAGGGGAGCGAGAGAGCUCCAGAGUUGCAUGUCUUGUUCUCUUGUAUUUUAUUUAUUUAUUUAUUUAUUUUUGGGAACGGCAAGACUUAGUUAAUCUCUUUCUCAUAGUAGAUGAGCUGAUCGGAUUUGGAGCUUUGAUCUCUCUCUAUAUGCGUGUGUGUGGAACAAUUUCAUCCAUAACAAUUUUUGCAUUGAACCUAUAAACAUUUGUAUUUUUUUAUUUGUAUCAAAAUUAUUAGAUUUUUUUAAUAUUGAAAUCACUACAAAUUUUGCUAGUUAGUUCUUAUAUCAGAACUUCCUCUUUCAGUUCCAAAUUAAACUAUAAGUAUGUGUUUGUGAUAUCAACUUUAUACAAUGACGGGUCGAUACUAAGGCUUCAUUUUUUCGUGGAACGAGAGAGCGGGGAUGGCAGCAGACGCACAUGGCGUGACGCGAUCGCCGAUGAGGUAAUCCGGUCGUGCCACGCUGUGCGCGUUUGGUGUACUCGUUCUGUGGACAUAUAAAAAGAGAGCGAUAGAGAUGAGAGGCAGUGUCGUACUUCCCUCUUUUCCUUCCACAUAGCUCUCUCUCCACCUUCAGAUUCAUGGAAUGAAUUCUCUGGUGGCAUUGCUUUAAUAUUUUCUCUUGUGUUGGUAUGUCGGGUGUAGCCUACCGCACUCUCUCUACUUUUCGCUGUCUGAAAUAUGUGAGGGUGUUUAAAGAGAAAUAUUUUUGGGAUUGCUUAGCACUGUUUCUGCACUAGUAGGUUCUCUUCUAUGUGGGUUUACCCAAAAAGUGGCCCCUAAGGUGGAAACUCGGCUUUCAGGGCCGUUUUACGGAAUGUUUCUAAGUGUUGAUUCAGGACUAAAAUGCCAAUUUUGAAUUUGA